CACUGGCGACAAGGGUGGGAUCCUGCCGAGCUGUCUGCUGCGCACUGCACACAGCUGCCACAGGCAACACAGCACCGCACUGCGCAUCCAGGCUACAGCUCCAGGACCCAAGGACCCAGAACGGCAACAGACAACAGCUUCAUGCCGUUCAGCCCAGCCUCAGGAGACUGGGGAGGCUAUGCCACCCACUUCCAGUUACUCCUGGAGGCAAAGGAUGUCACUGAUGCAGGCAAGAAGAGGGCGACCUUCUUCAGCGUCUGUGGAGAAGAAAUGUUAGAGAUCGCCCGAGCCCUCCUCACUCCCACAAAUAUAGCAAUCUUUCCCUACGACACUUAGACCAUGCAUAGCUUUGGGUGAUCUAUUGCUCAGCCCAACCACUUGGGGUGGGGGGAUUCUCUGGAACUGGCCCUGCUGAAAUCAUAUGCAUACUUCCCUGGGAGUAACUGGUCACAUGUCUCUGGGAACCAAGGAGGACUUACCUCCCCAGGAACAUGCACGGAGAAUUGCGUUUCUGAAUUGUGUUUCCCACUACAGUCCUGGCUCACACUCUGAGCUACAGCUGCCCCGGGACAAUAAUGCCAGAAACCUUGGACACAGGAUAAUAUUCCCUAGACGGGGGUGGGGACAGUGCAGACUUUUGCCAGUGAUGAUGAUGAUGCCAUUCAGGCUGUCCCUGCCAGUUGUCCAGAGAAGCUCACACACCCUGAUUGCUGUGUGCAGAAAAGCUACCUUCCCUUUCCCAAGAGAGGGCAAAGAGCCAGACAGGUCUGGGCCCAUCCCACCAGCCACAUUGGGGAGGCGUGGCUGCAAGAACCUGAACUUCCUCUUAGCAUUUCAUAGCCUUCAGUUCCCACUCUGCCUUGUCCCUCUUCUGACAGGGAUGAGCCGCUGUGCAGAGAGCCUGAAGGGCUUCCUAGCCCGGGUCGAGGCCCAGGCAGGGCAAGAGAAGGGGCAGCUGGCUGAGGAGUUCCAGGAAAUCAAAGCCCGGGCGGCAGCAUUCCGGCAACAGCAGGGCAUUUCAACAGAAGCUGGGGGCAACAAGGAGAAUAUCAAGAAGAACCGUUACAAAGACAUCCUGCCAUAUGAUCAGACCAGAGUUGUUGUGAACUUCGUGACAGAAGAAGCCCAAGCUGAUUACAUCAAUGCAAACUUUAUUCAGGGUGUGGAUAACAAGCAGUGCUAUAUUGCAACCCAGGGGCCUCUUCCACACACAGUGCUGGACUUCUGGCGCAUGAUUUGGCAGUACAAGGUGAAGGUGAUUGUCAUGGCUUGUCGGGAAGUGGAACUAGGCAAGAAAAAGUGUGAGCGCUACUGGCCUUUGGCAGAGGAAACCUUGCAUUUUGGAUCCUUCUCUGUGGCACAGGUUAAAGAACAGGAACUCAAUCCAGAUGUCAUUCUGCGGAUGCUUACCCUGACCUUUCAGAAGGAGGAGCGGGAGCUAUCCCAUUUCCAGUACGUGGCUUGGCCAGACCGGGGCAUCCCAGACACUUAUGGCCACUUCCUUGGCAUGAUUGAGCAAGUGAGAAGCAAGCAGGGUGAGAGUACUGUGCCCAUCUGUGUGCAUUGCAGUGCUGGCUGUGGCCGGACAGGUGUGAUCUGUACCCUGGAAUACAUACGGCAGCUGCUCCUGAAACAGAGAAUCCCCCCGCAUUUCAGUAUUUUUGAUGUUGUCCUAGAAAUGAGGAAGCAGAGACCAGCUGCUGUUCAGACCCAGGAGCAGUAUGAGUUUGUAUACCAUGCGGUCACUGAAAUGUUCCGGGCUGCCCUGAGUUUAUCUGACUCAAACUAUGAAAACGUCAAAGAAAACCGUCUUCCCCUCUAUGACGACGCCCUCUCCCUCCGACACCUGGCUGUGGCCCCGCUCAAACGAAGCACCGUCCUCCACCGGAGCAUCUCGGUGCCGGUUGACCCUCAGCCCACAUCAGCGCCAGAACAACCACCCAAGCUCAUCAGGGACAUGGGUGAUACCUAUGCGGUUGUGAACAAGCUCCAGCGAAGUGGACUGGGCGCUUCUCCUCCUCCUCCUGCUCCAGGCAACGAGGCCCCGCUUAGUGGAGAGGGACCCCUUUAUGCCGCAGUGAAGCCUCGGAUGAGCAAUGUGCCCGACACCUUGGCAAUUGACCCCAGUGCCUUUGUAGGAGUGCAAGCCAGUCACUCGCUGCCUGGAAGCCCCAUCCACCGGCCAGCUUCUGCGGCAACCUGCGAAUACGCCCAAAUUAACCCAGGCGAUUCCAAUCCCAGAGUCACCUCCUCCUCUCACAUCAAUGGAUUAGGGAAAAAGCCCCUGAGGAACCUGCUGCCCAUAGUUUUUAGUUCAUCACCUGGGAAGAAAGCCCCACCAUCACCACGGACUGCCCCCACCCAAGAAUAUGAAGAUGUGGGCAACAUCAGUCCCAGGAGUAGCCCAAAUGCGGUGGUAUCUUCUGCCAAUGGAAUGGGGUUUAACUUCCGCAUCGGGAAGCCCAAGGGACCAAGAGACCCUCCUGCUGAAUGGAGUCGCAUCUAGGCAGCAUGACAGAGUGACAAGGACACGGCUUCUGCCAUUGAGCAAUACAGAUCGGGACCAAUACUGCUGCCUGCCCACUUCCUUAGGGAAUAACUGUAAAAAUAAUAACCACCAGCAAAUUGUGCCUCUGGGGCCAUGGACCAAAAGGCAGCAGCAGUUGCAUGCACUAUACUCCAGGACUUUUCUACCAGAAGAGAAGGAUAUGGACGUGCUCGAAAUGUUGGGAUCCACCAGCUAAGGAAUGUGUGAACCUGGCAGCCACCUUCUCUUCACCAGCUUCUUGAGCGGCUCUUAGUUGGCCAGGGCAGUUUUGCCCGCCAAAAUUUAAAGCCUGGUACCCCAUGCCAGGAACCAUCAACACAGCACAUCCCUCCUCCCAUUAAACAAUAUUUGCUAAUUUG